AUGUGUCGACCCCCGAGGCAAUGGGCGAGGAGGCUGCCGGGGGAGGAGGUGAUCAAGCCACUUCAGGAGCCACUGGUCGGCGUGUUGGCGAGGCUGCUGGCGUCGAGGGGAGAUAGGGAGCUGAAGAAGGUCUCUCGUGGAGAUAUGCUCAUCCCACGUCAGCGCUCGCUCGUGUUUGUUAUUCAGUUCUUGUUGACUUCCGCGCAUUAUGCUCGAGUGUCAGAGGGUAAUGAGGCACUCAGGACCUGGCGGCGUCUGUCAGUGUCACAGGACGCACGUAACAUGGCUCUCAAUGGGCGGCCAACACCAGGCUUCGAGGCCGGCCAACACCAGAUGCACAAGGCUCAAAGAAAUAGACCCACAAGCAACAGAAAUGCUCCUCCAAGGACCAGCCAGACCCCAGACCCCCAGACCCAGACCAGACCCCAGACCCCACCCCAGACCCCAGACCCAGACCCCAGACCCCAGACCCCAGACCCCAGACCCAGACCCAGACCCCAGACCCAGACCCAGACCCAGACCCCAGACCCCCAGACCCAGACCCCCAUAGACCCCAGACCCCAGACCUCCAGACCCCCAGACCCUAGACCCCAGACCCCAGACCCCAGACCCCCAGACCCCCAGACCCCAGACCCAGACCCCUACCCCAGACCCCAGACCCAGACCCCCAGACCCCCAGACCCCAGACCCCCAGACCCCAGACCAGCCAGACCCCAGACCCCAGACCCCAGACCCCAGACCCGAAGCCGACGGGAGACGAGGACCAAACGCCAAGCACAAUUAAAGCAAAGAAUCCUCCAUCGGGGUGAUAAGUUCGGUCAAGUCAAGUCAAGCCCUGCCAAGUCAACUAAAAUCCUGUCAAGCCAUGCCAACUCCUCUCCCUGUCCAUCCAGCCCUGUCAAGUCCUGUCAAGUCCACUUAACUCCUGUAAAGUCCAGCCAUGCCAUGCCAAGUCCACUCAGACUCGCCACGCCCCCUGAAUGGCCGGCUAUGACCGUCUCUGUUUUCUCGCCGACUCUUAAUCUUGUUCCGCCACCUGUCCCUUUUCCUCGGCUCGGUGUCCUCGGCGAUCCCUUCUCCAGCCCUCCGCCCUUCCGUGACCAUCCCGGGCCCGGAAUCACCAACGCACUUACGAUGCGUCGGGAAGGCCCAUUGUUUCCAGCCUUGACCUGCCACAACCCUUGCGGCGGUGGUACUGAACACACGACGACUGUGACUAUCCCCAUGCACUCCACGACCCCUUGCACACUGCCCUCAUUCCCUCACGACCCACUUCCACUCGCCAGACUCCUCCCGCGACCCCCGUCCCCGUCCUAUCCCUUCAACAACCUUAAGCCACGGCACCCAGCAUCAGCUUUGAAUCCUUGA